AUACUAUCUACGCAGCAUGCUGUUCCGUAUUACUAUAAUCACAGAAAAAUACUAUAAUACGAGUGAUAGCCGGUAGGAAUACAUUGUAGGAGCGUUCUAUCACGUGCUUGUUUCGUCUCCACUCUGCAUAAUUAUUGUUUUCAUAAUUUAAUUUUAAAUUAAAAUGGAAUCUCAUAUUAAUUUUCACGAAAUGAAUAUUGACGAUCGAAUACUUAAAGCAAUUGCGAACCAAGGAUGGACAGAACCCACACUGGUUCAAGAACAUGGUAUCCCGCUCCUGUUGGAAGGCAAAGAUAUGUUGGUGAGGGCUAGAACCGGAUCUGGAAAAACUGCAGCAUUUGUUAUACCUGUAAUACAAAAAAUAUUAGAAUUCAAAGAUAUAAAUGCUGAUACUUAUUGUACACAAGCAUUAAUACUAGCUCCAAGUAAAGAACUAUGUAACCAGAUUUUUAAGAAUAUACUUCAGUUAACUAUCAAAUGUUCAAGAGAUGUAAAAUGUGUCGAUAUAUCUGAUCAAAUUGAUAUGAAAGAACAACAACCUUUAUUAAAUAUACCGCCUGAUGUUAUUGUGGCUACACCAGCUAGAGCAUUGCUUCAUUUACAAGGAAAAAACAUGACACUUAAAAAACUUCAAACACUUGUGGUCGAUGAAGCAGAUUUGGUAUUCUCAUUUGGCUUUGAAGAGGAAAUUAAAGAAGUUAUCAAAUUUUUACCAAAAACAUAUCAAGCUGUAUUGGCUAGUGCAACAUUAUCAGAAGAUGUUAUGGCAUUAAAAAAACUACUUCUACGAAAUGCUGUCAUAUUAAAACUGCAAGAACCAGAUUUGGCUCCAUUAUCACAAUUAACUCAUUACAAGUUGAAUGCUGAAGAAGAAGAUAAAGCUGUAAUUUUAUACUGUAUUUUUAAGUUAAAGCUUGUGAAAGGAAAAACUAUAGUAUUUGUUAAUUCUGUAGAUAAAUGCUACAAGUUAAAAUUAUUUUUGGAACAAUUUGGUGUUCAUACCUGUGUAUUAAACUCUGAACUUCCGGCCAGUUGCCGGUGUCAUACAAUAAAUCAAUUCAACGAUAAUAUAUAUGAUAUAAUACUUGCAUCUGAUGAAAAAUUUUUAGAUGAAGAACAUGAAAUAACUUCAACUAGUACAAAUAAACGUAAACAUGAUAAAGAAUUUAGUAUAGCAAGAGGAAUAGAUUUUCAAUUUGUGUCAAUUGUUAUUAAUUUUGAUUUUCCACAAGAUAUUUAUUCCUACAUACACAGAGUUGGUCGUACAGCAAGAGGAAAAAAUAAAGGAACAGCCAUAUCUUUUUUAAAUAUUAAAGAACUAAAUUUAUUAAAAGAUGUCGAAGAUUACAUAAAACAAGGUAUUUCAGAAGAAAAUGACAUAUUCCAAGAUUUUAAUUUUAAAUUAGAAGAAGUUGAGGGAUUUAGAUACCGAGCUAAAGAUGCUUGGCGAGCUGUCACUAAAAUUGCUGUUAGAGAAGCUCGACUAAAAGAAAUCAAAUCUGAAAUGUUAAAUUCGAAAAAAUUAAAACGAUAUUUCCAAGAAAAUCCCCGUGAUUUAUUGUCUUUGAGGCAUGACAAAGCUUUACAUACAGUGAAAUUACAAGAUCAUAUGUCAGAUGUUCCCGAUUACAUGGUGCCUACUUCAUUAAAAGAAUAUAUAAAAACACAAGAAGAAGAAGAUAAAGGGAUUAAAAAAAAGGAUAAAGCAUAUUAUAAGAAAAAACAAGUUGGAUAUAAGAAAUAUCAUGCGAAAAAAACCAAUCCUCUUGUUGGAAUGGAAUAUACUGGAUUGAAGAAAAUGUAAACAAACUGUAGUAUUUAAUGUUGUUUUAAUUACUUUAAUGUAUUGUUUUACUAUUUAUUUUUAUAGAGUAAUAAAAUCACUAUCAAUACAUUUAUACUUUUAUAAAACAUAUCUUAUUAUGGAUUUGUUAUUAUCUGGGCUCGUAAGUUCAUGCAUCUACGUGUUUUUUCUGCCAUAUAGGAAAACAUGCUAACUGAGAUACAAAUCGUUUCAUAACAAUAGUAAUAAUAAUGUAAAAUUUAAUAGUGCAUGUUUAUGCAUGUUUUGGGUGUAAAGGCAUAUUUGGCAUAUAGUCCAUCUUUUAGUUGGUAGCGCAUAUUAUUUCAUACAACAAUUUCUUAGAUAAAUAUUUGAAAAGUUUCUUGGUUCUUAUUUAGUUUCCCGUUUAAAAAAUUAGUGUGUUUAGAUUUAUUUUUAUUCUCGUGUGAUUACCUACCUAGUAUUUUUUUUUUUUGUACAUACCAAUUUAGAUUAUGUGCGUUUUACGUAGUACCGCGGAAUCAAUGUUCUCGCUACCACUAGCAUCCUCUGCCGUAAAACGUCCGACGUCAAAACGAAAUCUGUACAGGCAUGUACAUGUGUGCAAUGCUUCUCAACAACCAGAUUCUAUUUAAUUGUAGGUGCUGGAUAAGGGUAUACACAAAUUAGACAAAAAAAUGACUAUCUGAUUAAGAUUGAUAAAGAUGACAAAGGUAUUUGAAUUACAUAAGUAUAAGUUUUAUUUUUUGUUUUAUUAAUUUUGGUUAGUAAAUGUAUAACAAUUAAAAGGAAUAAAAUACUUUUAAAAGGA